UUGUUUUCUUGGGGUCCAGUAUGUCCUCCUCCAAAUCGCCCUCUUUCUUUGAGUUGCUGCUGCAGGGGGUUGUCCUUUGUCUCGUUGCUCUGCAUGUGGACUCGGCUCUAGUUUGCCAGGAGGUCAACGUGACGAACAAAACACUCCUGCCUGUCUCUGAAGAAGCUGGCCAACUGGAGGCUCUGGUGGGCGUCCUUCCACGGCAGGGCAACUGGGGCGUCCUCUUCGAACUGGAGCGAGAAGACCACGUCCUGGCCAACUUCAUCAUUUCUCGCAGGGAAGGAAAACGAGACGGGACGGCUACUUACAAUGACUAUUUGGCAGUAAAGUGCAGAUAUAAAGCAGCUCUGGAAGUGCCUUUCCCGUGGCCAACAAAUAGGUCCUUGUACGGCGUCAAAUUCAUGUUCAGUAUAGCCAAGAACCUCAUCCGAGUUUCGUGGAAAGCAGAUUGCAAUGGAUACCAAGAUAUAGCAACAGAUGUAUGCAACGUCAACUCUCUCUCCGACGUCUCCUUCUCGGCCUCAAGCCUUCGCCGUCUGCCCACGCCGACGCUGAGCCUCCGGUGCGCUGACGAAGACCCAAGUAGGAGUACUGAUGCAGUGGAGGGAACCGAAACGACACCAGCUGUAUCGCCCGUCUCCCAACUGUACGUCACUGGACUCAUCGUUCUGCUCGCCUUAGCACUGUCGGUCGUGGAUUUGUUCAUGAUUCUGUCGAUAAGGAAGCGCCUCACCACCCAGAUGAUGACUGUUGGUGAAGUUGAAGACGUAGCCAGCGUGACACGAAGGCGGGGGAAUAGGCAUUAUUAGAUACGAAGGUGAAAAUCAUCUUGUUGGUCAUUAGUUCCUUCGUUCUGGUUUUGAUUAGAUUUUGCUUAUGUAUAUAUGUAUGUAUAUGUGUGUGUGUGUGUGUGUGUGUGGGAUAAGAAGGAGCACACAGUAGGACUGGAAAGGAGUUUCCCAAGGACGCAGUAAAUCGGAGGAGAAAAGUGAAGACAUACAUCUUGUAUCGAGGUGAAUCUUUCUUGACAAA